CCUCCUUAUAACACACUUAAUAUUGUAGGUGGAAUACACAGAUAACAUCAACGGCGUACCAUAUUGCAGCCGACUACUCAAUGCUGCCAAAUUGACGUCACUAAUCAUGACUGCCAUUCAAAAUAAGCGCUCAUAUUCCUUUGAGCCCCCUCACAAUUAAAAUCACAGGAGUACACCUCCCUAACAAUAUAUAGGCAACCGAAACGCGUUCACUUGGCUCUUUAAGGUUACGCACAGGAAUGACGCGGAGGAUCUGAGCGCCGCCACUGGAGGCGCCCCGGAGUGAACCGCGGCGCCGCGCGACCCGCCGAGAUAACGGAUCUGCUUGAGAGGGUACAACCUGCGCAUCACCACGGCAUGUUUUUGUCGCAAUAGUCGCUCUCGUAGAGUAGCGACUGCAUAUUUACCCAGAAAUAGCCAUCUUCCAAGAGGCUUUUCCUUUAUAGUCGAUGCAGUGUCAAUGUCCAGCUAAUAUCAAUGUCUACGGUAUGGAGUAGGAACGCUAAGGUUUGAUGGGCAGACAGACUGGCCAGGUGAGCGGACUCGCGUCAUACUGGAAAUGUCAUCGCCAGGCCAGGGACUAUAAUCUCAUCAGCUUUGUAGUUGGCGUCUUCUGAGGGGGCUGGAAGGGUGACCAGGCGGGUGCAGAGGAUCCGCAUGGCCUCUACCAGCAGGUGACCCCAACAUCCGCAUGAAAGCAGACGAACGGUAGGCGUGCAGAACCCAACCCAUUGGAUACCCACGUCCGCGGUUGGUUUGGAUGCUAUGGGGCGUCCAGAAUGAGCGAGCGGGCUAGCAAGGAUCCAGAAAGGGAGACGGAGAGAGAAAUGGAGAAAGAGAGAUAGACAUAGAAACACAGUGAGGGAGGGAAAAAGCAUAGCAAUGUGCUGUACUGUAUGAAGUGGUGCAGAGAGAGAGAGAGACAGAGAGAGAGACUAGGAGAGAGAAUAAAUUGAAGACACACGGUCACAGAGGCCAGGGGAUGGUGCACGAGGGGGCCGUGGUGUCAAAUGCCUCCAGUCACGUGCACACGUAUGUGUGAGAGCGUGCACGUAAAGACGUGCACUAGACACAGCACCGCCCCGCAGAGAAGGUGGUGGAGCUGAGAGGGGACAGCGAGACACCAAACCUGACCAGAGUUAGCGCUCAGAGCUAGGCAAGCCGCUCGUUCUGUAUAGGAACAGAGUUAGCACUGAGAGCUAACACAAGCUAAGGCCUCCGUCGAAACAGAGGUCAGAUAGGAGAGAGAGAGAGAGAGAGAGAGAGAGAGAGAGAGAGAGAGAGAGAGAGAAAAAAAAAUCAGGUGAGACUUGAGAGAAAGGAGGGAGAUUUUGUGAAGGAGGAGGAGAGGGAGAUAGGGAAUAGGCGAGAGAAAGAGGGAGGAGGAGGAGGAGAGGGAGCGAGAGGAGCAGGAGAGGAGCAGAGCCAGUAGCCAUGGGGGAGAGCUAUGUGUACCAGCGCCUCCCCUAUGCCAGGGGGGAGGAGCCGGAGGCAGAGGAAGAGGAGCGCAGUGACAGAGGGAUGAGGGCGAACGAUGCAGGACCAAUGCUGCAGUGUGAGGAGGGCACUGAUUGGCUGGCUGAGCUGCUGAGUGACGUGCAGCUGCAGCAAUACUUCCUGAGGAUCCGGGACGAGCUCAACGUCACGCGGCUCUCCCACUUCGACUACGUCAAGAACGAAGACCUGGAGAAGAUCGGCAUGGGGCGGCCCGGUCAGAGACGCCUGUGGGAGGCGGUCAAGAGGAGGAGGGCUCUUUAUAAACGCAAGUCCUGGAUGAGCAAGCCUCUGCGUCUGGGUCAGCAGGUGUUUCCGGGGAAACGCCCCGACGCCGACCCCCAGGCGCCCCUCCCCCAGGGGGCGUCGGCCUGCCUGGCCCCGCCCACCGGCGCCUCCGCCAGCGAACCGGGCGCCUCGCUCACCUGCCUGGUCCGGGAGGCGGAGCUACAGCUGUUUGAACGCCUGGGAGACGGAACGUUUGGCGUUGUGCGACGGGGGGAGUGGACGAGUCCCAACGGAAGAGUGCAGUCGGUGGCGGUGAAGUGUCUGAAGGCCGGCCUGCUGGACUCAGAGGGUCUGGACGACUUCAUCAGGGAGGUGAACGCCAUGCACUCCCUCAGCCACCAGAACCUCAUCACCCUGUACGGCAUCGUGCUCACACAGCCCAUGAAGAUGGUGACUGAGCUGGCCCCCCUGGGCUCUCUGCUGGACCGCCUGAGGAAGCGUCAGGGGCACAUCCUCAUCGCCUCGCUCUGCAGCUACGCUGUCCAGGUGUCGUGCGGCAUGGCCUAUCUGGAGCAGCGGCGCUUUCUCCACCGCGACCUGGCGGCCCGGAACGUUCUGCUGUUCUCCAGCGACACGGUGAAGAUCGGAGACUUCGGCCUCAUGAGGGCACUGCCCAAACACACGGACCACUACGUCAUGGAGGAGAGCCACAAGGUCCCCUUCGCCUGGUGUGCUCCAGAGUCUCUGAAGUCCCGUACCUUCUCUCAUGCGUCUGACACCUGGAUGUUCGGGGUCACCCUGUGGGAGAUGUUCACCCACGGACAGGAGCCCUGGCUGGGCCUCAACGGCAGCCAGAUCCUGCACAAGGUGGACGUGGAGGCGGAGCGUCUGUGUAAGCCGGACUACUGCCCCCAGGACGUGUACAACGUCAUGCUGCAGUGCUGGAGCCCCAAGCCUGAGGACCGGCCCACCUUCACCGCCCUCAGGGACUUCCUGCUGGAGAUGAUGCCCACAGACAUGAGGGCUCUGCAGGACUUUGAGGAGGAUGACAAGCUGCAGAUCAAUUUGAAUGAUGUCAUCACCAUCAUAGAGGGACAGGCGGAGCACUACUGGUGGGUGGGUCAGAACCGGCGCUCCCUGAGGGUGGGUCAGUUCCCCCGCCACGUGGUGACCUCGGUGGCCGGCCUGUCGGCCCAGCACAUCAGCCGGCCCCUCAAGCACUCCUUCAUCCACACGGGCCACGGGGACACGGACCCCCACCGCAGCUGGGGCCACGCCGACCGCAUCGACAGUCUGUAUUUAGGGAAUCCCAUGGACCCCCCGGAUAUUCUUGGAAUGGAUCCUUCCAGAGCCAGACCAACUAAACUCCCCAACCGUGCCAAGAAACAGCCCCCCCCUCGCCCUCCACAGCCCGCUGUUCUGCUGAAAAAGCCCUUCUACGACUCCGUGUUGGACAACUACGAGGAUGAGGACGACGCGAGUGCCGCGUCCGGCCUGAAGAGACUGGGCGUUUCCCUGGGCCUUAAGCUCCGCCCCUGGGAGGGGCCAAGCCUGCGAUCGGCUAAGAGCGAGGUGUCACUCAUCGACUUCACCGACGACAGCUUCAGCUCCACCACGCCCUCCCCGCUCACAGACCCCCGACAGCUGGACGAGGACACACUGCAGGACAUGCCCUCAAUCCUGGACUGGCCCCUCCCACUCCCGGCCUACGAUGAGGUGACCACAGAGCUGGAGGACCAAUCAGACGACCAGGAGGUCCGCUCCAUUAACAGGGGAUUGGCUGAGGAUUCCUUUGCCCCGCCCAUCUCCGUAGCGGAGGGCAGAAGCGAGUCCCAGUCAGCGGACCUGUUCCAGGAGCUACAGAGAGAGGUGAUGGUGAAGCUGCAGGUCCCCAUGGCGCCGGGCCGCUCCCUCCCCUCCUCCCCCCUCCCCUUCUCCCGCCCCCCCGCCCACCGUCAGAUCUACCUGCCCACCCCGUCCUCCCCCCCUCCCCCGGCCUCCUCCUACGAGGACCGCCCGGUGCUGCCCCCGCGCACCCCCCUCCCUCCGCUCCGCCCCUUGCGCCAAGCCCCCGCCAAGCCCCGCCCCCACGUGCGCUCUAGCUCCGCCUCCCUCGGCGACGAGGACCGCGCCCCCCAGCCCCCCAACCCCGACCACGUCGCCUCCUCCUCCGCCUCCUCCUCUCCGCCGCAGAUCCCGCCGCGGGACCACCACCCCGCCUACUCCCAGCCCCCCUCCCGCGCCACCUCGCCCCUCCCCCACCUGGCGGCCCUCCCCUCCUCGCCGCUGACCCUCCCCCCUCCCCCGCUCUCCAUGUCCCCGCGCCGGGCGUCGGCCCUGUGCUGUGUGGGGCCCCUGGGCUCCCUGAUGCUCUCCUCCCCCUGCCCCGCUCUGCCCCGCCCCCCCGCCCUCGCCACCGCCACCGCCUCCAACGCCCUCUCCUCCACCUCCUUCCUGGACCCGCUGGCCGGCCCCGAGGGGCGGGGCCUGUCGUUGUUGAUUGAUGGCUCCCAGAGUUCUGCUCCCGCCCCUCUUCCCGAGCGUCCAGGGUACCUGGAAAGGUACGGUGCAGCCAACAUGGCCGCCGUCAAGCCCAUAAUGCAACAGAGCAGAGCAAAGCCAAACUCCUCCUUCAACAACAACAACAACGGCGGUCAAACUACAACUCCCAGCAUGCAGCAGGAGCUGAGCAUCAAACAGGUGCAGGAGGCGGUUCACGGGGUGACGGUGGAGGAGUGCCGGGCGUGUCUGCUGGACCACGGCUGGAGCGUCCCUCUGUCCGUACAGCAUCUCAAGGUGGAGCAGUUGUUCCGGCUGGGUCUGAGGUCGAGGUCGGAGUGUGUGGAGGUUCUGGAGCGGAGCAAGUGGAACCUGGAGGAGGCCAGCACCAUCAUACUGGACACACUGCAGAGCAUGAGGUACACACACACACACACACACACACACACACACACACACACACACACACACACACACACACACACACACACACACACACACACACACACACACACACACACACACACACACACACACACACACACACCUUUACUUUGGGGCUAGUCCAACAUUGAUCGCAUGCUUUGAUUGGUUUUCUCGGCCUGACCUCGUCGAACCUUCAGAAUAAAAGUGUAUUCUAAAUGGCAAAACAAAAGCAAAUAAACACGUUUGUUCUUGAAGAAAAAGAAAUAAGACCUGUAUUUUCUGUUGGUUGCCAAAACUAUGGAAGUAUGCGCGCAUCACCAGAAGUGUGUGACGUCAUCUUGCAUCUUGCCAGAAUGUAAAAUGUCAGAGUUUACCUUCAAACAAGCUUUAGCAAACAAGCCUUUAAUCUAAGGACAUCUCGUAUCUUGGCUCAUGCUCUUUUAACUCUCUCUCCUCCCUCCUCUCUCCUCUGUCUCU